CUCCCUCCUCCUCCUCCUCCCUCCAUUUUUUCCGACCAUCUCACUGACCCUCACGUCCUUCGACGAACCCGACUUGCAUCAUGAACGCCGGCGUACAGAACAUCGUAAUCUCCCUUGGCGCUAUGCAGGUGGCUCGCCGGAUACCUUUCGACGACCCGGAGGUGCUCAACUACGUCCGCUUCGGCUACAUCACCAGUCAGGCCAUCAUUCUCUCUGUGUACUUUUACAUCUCGUACAAGAUAAAGCAAAAGAACGACCAGACGGUGCUCAAGUAUGUUGAGCCAUCUAGCCCCAUGUCGGCCGACUCUGGAGGACUCGUCACGACCACCGUGCGCGACUACGACCUCUCCGAAGUGUCCAAGCUGCUCCGCGGCGCCUACUUCGGCGUCGCCAUGAUGGGCUUCUUCCACAUCUACAUGAAGUACACCCAACCCCUCUUUAUCCAGGCUUUGAUGGGCCUCAAGAACCUCUACGACGCCAAGCCCGUCGCCAUUCACCUCUUGGGCAAGAAGGCCGAGGGCGACCUCAAGCGGCCCUUCACCGCUGCGAGCAUGUUUGGUGCUGCCGGCGGACCUCAGACCGACCACGCGAGCAUCGCAGAGGCAGAGAAGAAGGUCGGCGCCAAGAAGGAGGAGUAGACCAUUUACUCAGGUCACGGUAGGACGUAGGAUGUAGGAGACAUGAUGCGGUUUAUAGAUCUUUGGUUGACCUACUUUUGAGUGCUGUGUUGGCAUUGUAAUGUUCGUGCGCGCGUGUCGACCCGUUAUAUAUCUGCAAUAAUCCGUUAUGGCAUUGCCAAUGUGCC